AUGGCCAAGAACAUGAAGCAGAAAAUCUCUGUGUUGUUAUCCAAGCUUGCCGACAGAGACACUUUCGCAAUGGCGGCGAAGGAGCUCGAGACUAUUGUCAGAGGGAUUGAUCCCUCCGCCGGAAACCUCCAGCCGUUUAUCUCCGUCAUACUUUCCACCGAUGCCGGAGAUAAACCGGCGCCGGACUCUUCCAUCCGUUCCACAUGCGUCGCGGCCGUGUCGGCGCUCUCUUCCCGGACGACAAAGCCGCCGUUUGAUUCGGCGUUCCUGAAGCCAUUGUCUGAUGCGCUCUUCACUGAGCAGGAGACCAAUGCGCAGACCGGGGCUGCUCUGUGCCUCGCGGCGGCGAUCGACGCGGCGCCCGAUCCGGAUCCGGGUCGGCUCGGGCGGGUGCUGAUGCCGAGACUGGAGAAGCUGGUGAAAUGCGACGCGUUCAAGGCGAAGGCCGCGGGUUUGGUGGUGAUCGGAAGCGUGAUCGGCUCCGGUGGUGUCGCUGGAGCAGCCAUCGGAUCCGGCGGAUUGAAGGGUCUGGUGGACUGUUUGUUAAGUUUCUUGGGUAGUCAGGAUUGGGCCGCGAGGAAGGCUGCGGCCGAAGCUUUGCGGACAUUGGCGGCGAUGGAGAGAGAUGACUUAGCUGAGUUCAAGAUUAGAUGCUUGAAGAUAUGCGAAAGCAGAAAAUACGACAAGGUGAAAGCUGUAAGAGAAGCCAUGAAUCAGAUGAUUCAGACUUGGAAACUUGUCCCUGAUAUCUCCGAGGAGGUUUCUCCACCCAGAUCGAAUGCUUCUUCCAAAGAUGGUGAUGCAAGAUAUAGGCAAUACCCUUCUGGAUCUAAAGUUGCUUCAACCCCAGGUUUCGAAUUUGCUAAAACGAGCAGAUCGACUCCACCCGAGAGUUCCAUAGCCACCACGACUAGGCGAAGGACCACCAUGAGGAUCACCGAGAAGAAAACCGGUCCAGUAUCGAAUACGAAACCAAAUAUAAGGAGAAGGUUGGACUGGAAAUCUGGAGCUAAUACUAUUCCUACCGUUCCGCCGGUUGAUGAAGAGAACGAUCAUGAUGAAAAUGCAAAGGAAACAUGUCGAAUCCAUCAUGAGAAGAUGCAGAGGUUAAGUGGUGAAAGCUCUAGAUUUUCUGCUACAACAGGACAUGUCUUGUCUGAAAACCAGAAUAGUAACUACAACAAGGGCUUUGAAGAUUUGUCUUUGAUCCGUAACCAGCUUGUUCAGAUUGAACACCAACAAUGCAGUCUAAUGGAUGUCCUGCAGAGAUUCAUAGGCAGCUCCGAAAACGGCAUGCGUGCUCUGGAAACACGAGUUCACGGCCUCGAACUAGCGUUGGAUGAGAUCUCGUAUGACUUGGCGGUAUCGAACGAUAGGAUGACUGCUGGUCCAGACAGAAGCCAUUGUUGUCUGUUUCCUGCUGCAGGAUUUAUCAGUUCCAAAUUCUGGAAGAAAACCGACAACUCCCGGUAUCCAGCUUCGAGAUUGUCCACUUACGCAGGUACUCCAUCUGUUUAUCGGGUCAGCNGGAACGGAAAUGCACAAAGGGUCGGAGUUAGAGACUCGAGAAUGCGGCUUAACGGCAAUGCUGGAUUCAUUGUCAACCCGUUGGCUGAGAUUCCAUCUGAUUCUUCCGUGACAACGGGACCUGCAGAGCUUUCCCGUUGCAGGUCUGUGUCGUGACUGAGAGGGAGAAAGGGGAAGAAAGCCGUCGGUUCAAAGAAUAUCAGACAAAAACCACCAUUGGUACUAAGUUAUUUCAGUCAAACACUUGAAUUUCGAGCAAAACCAAAAAGGGUCGAGAGGAUAACACACACACACACGCGUGUACAUAUAUGUUUGUCUCUUUGGUGAGUUGAUGAUGAUUCUUCUUCACGUUUGCAACUCCGAUAUGGUUAGUCGGAGAGAUCCAAUAGUAUGAUGAUGAUGAUGAUGAUGUGAUGAUGAUGAUGAUGAUCUUAAGACCAGACAAGGAUUAGAUGAA